AAGCCCUGUGCCCACGACGGCCAAGCCAUCUGUGCGCGGGGCUCUUCGGGAUUGGAAGGGACCGCGUACCUCUGUGCCUCCGGGACGGGAACUACAAUUCCCAGAGGGCUGUGCAGCCUGGAGCCCCAGGCUACUUCUUCAGAGCUCCCGGGCUCUAGUGUCCUGGGGUCUGUUCCUGUGGGCGCAGUGGCCUGGCUUGGCGGUAGGGGCGGCCCCGUGAGGGUUGUGCCUCCUGGGGCGGCCCCGGGACGCCAUUCUUGGAGUCAGGGGUCACUAGGAUUGUGGAGAAAACUAUGAACAUAUCCGAGGAUGUACUCUCUACGGGGUCCUCAUUAGCAUCUCAGGUUCAUGCCGCUGCAGUUAAUGGAGAUAAAGGUGCCCUUCAGAGACUCAUUGUUGGAAACUCUGCUCUCAGAGACAAAGAAGACCGGUUUGGGAGAACACCACUUAUGUACUGUGUGUUGGCAGACAGAGUGGACUGUGCAGAUGCUCUUCUCAAAGCAGGAGCAGAUGUCAACAAAACGGACCAUAGCCGGAGAACAGCCCUCCACCUUGCAGCUCAAAAGGGAAAUUAUCGCUUUAUGAAACUCUUACUUACUCGAAGAGCAAACUGGAUGCAGAAGGAUCUAGAAGAGAUGACACCUUUGCACCUGAGCACUCGGCACAGGAGCCCCAAGUGUCUAGCUCUUCUGCUGAAGUUUAUGGCCCCUGGGGAGGUGGAUACACAGGACAAAAACAAGCAAACAGCUCUGCACUGGAGUGCCUACUACAACAACCCCGAGCACGCGAAGCUACUCAUCAAGCACGACUCCAACAUCGGGAUUCCCGACGUGGAAGGCAAGAUCCCACUCCACUGGGCAGCCAACCACAAAGACCCGAGUGCCGUGCACACAGUGAGAUGUAUCCUGGACGCUGCCCCGACAGAGUCUUUACUGAACUGGCAAGACUACGAGGGCCGCACACCUCUGCACUUUGCUGUCGCUGAUGGAAACCUAACGGUGGUGGAUGUCUUGACCUCCUAUGAAAGCUGCAACAUAACGUCUUACGAUAACUUAUUUCGAACCCCACUUCACUGGGCAGCCUUACUAGGUACAUUCGGCCGUCAUGCACAGAUUGUCCAUCUCCUUCUAGAAAGAAACAAGUCUGGAACGAUCCCUUCGGACAGCCAGGGAGCAACACCCUUGCACUAUGCAGCUCAGAGUAACUUUGCUGAAACGGUCAAAGUGUUUUUGCAGCAUCCUUCAGUGAAGGAUGAUUCUGACCUGGAAGGAAGAACAUCUUUCAUGUGGGCAGCAGGAAAAGGCAAUGACGACGUGCUCAGGACGAUGCUGAGUCUAAAGUCAGACAUCGACAUUAACAUGUCGGACAAGUACGGAGGCACAGCUUUACACGCCGCUGCCCUUUCUGGCCACGUCAGCACCGUGAAGUUAUUAUUGGACAAUGAUGCUCAAGUGGAUGCCACUGACGUCAUGAAACAUACUCCACUGUUCCGAGCCUGUGAGAUGGGACACAGAGAUGUGAUUCAGACGCUUAUUAAAGGUGGAGCACGAGUAGAUCUGGUUGACCAGGACGGACAUUCGCUUCUACACUGGGCAGCGCUGGGGGGAAAUGCUGACGUCUGCCAGAUACUGAUAGAAAAUAAGAUCAACCCAAACGUGCAGGAUUAUGCAGGAAGAACACCGCUUCAGUGUGCUGCGUACGGAGGGUACAUCAACUGUAUGGCUGUGCUCAUGGAGAAUAAUGCAGACCCCAACAUCCAAGACAAAGAGGGACGAACAGCUUUGCACUGGUCCUGUAACAAUGGCUACCUUGAUGCCAUUAAACUACUGCUAGAUUUUGCUGCUUUCCCUAAUCAGAUGGAGAACAAUGAGGAGAGGUACACACCCCUUGAUUAUGCAUUGCUUGGUGAGCGCCAUGAGGUGAUCCAGUUCAUGCUGGAACAUGGUGCCCUGUCCAUCGCAGCUAUACAAGACAUCGCUGCCUUCAAAAUCCAAGCAGUCUACAAAGGAUACAAGGUCAGAAAAGCCUUCCGAGACCGGAAGAACCUCCUCAUGAAGCACGAACAGCUGAGGAAAGACGCUGCAGCCAAAAAACGGGAAGAGGAAAACAAGAGGAAGGAAGCUGAACAGCAGAAAGGGCAGCUGGACACCGAUCCUCCCAGAUCCCACUGCAGUUCAUCUGCACCUGUCCUCCCCUGUCCACCCAGCCCCCAGAAUGAGGCCAGCAAGCAGGACGCAACCCCUAGCAAACAGCCACCUGCUAGCCACACAGUCCAGAGCCCUGACCCAGAACACAGCAGGCCUCCAGGCAGAUGUCCAGGCAGAGCCUCCCAAGGGGAUUCUUCCAUAGACCUUCAGGGAACGGCCUCCAGAAAGCCAAGUGAAACACCCAUAGAGCACUGCAGAGGCCCCUCUGCCUGUGUGCACCCCAGAUCCUGGGAAGGUGGCAACAGCUCCAAGAACCAGGGAACAUCCUCUGUGGAGAAGCGCAGAGGUGAGACCAAUGGCAAACACCGGAGGUGUGAGGAGGGGCCCAGCAGCGCCAGGCAGCCCUUGUGCACUGGGUCAGGCCGGCCUGCUGAGAAAGGAGAGGACUCCAGCCCUGCAGUUGCAAGUGCUUCCCAGCAGGACCACCCCAGGAAGCCCAAUAAGAGACAGGACAGGGCAGCCAGGCCCAGAGGUGCUUCGCAGAAAAGACGCACCCAUCAGCUCAGAGACAGGUGCUCCCCAGCUGGGUCCAGCCGGCCUGGCAGUGCCAAGGGGGAAGUUGCCUGUGCUGAUCAGAGUUCUCUCCACCGUCACACACCAAGAAGCAAGGUGACCCAGGACAAGCUUAUAGGAGGGGUCUCCUCAGGUUUGCCGCUCAGCACAGAAGCGUCGAGGUCAGGAUGCAAGCAGCUUUAUGAGGACAUCUGUGCAUCUCCAGAGACUGGCGUGGCUCAUGGCCCCCCACCUGGACAGUGUAUGAAUAUUCACCUUCUUCCUGUAGAGCAGCGCCUGCUGAUAAUCCAGAGGGAACGAAGCAGGAAAGAGCUGUUUCGACGGAAAAACAAGGCAGCGGCGGUCAUCCAGCGAGCUUGGCGAAGCUACCAGCUCAGGAAGCACCUGUCUCGGCUUCUGCAUUUGAAGCAGCUUGGAGCCAGAGAAGUGCUCAGAUGUACCCAAGUGUGCACAGCCCUGCUCCUCCAGGUUUGGAGGAAAGAACUGGAACUCAAAUUCCCAAAGUCCAUCUCAGUAAGCAGGACAUCGAAGAGUCCAUCCAAAGGCUCGUCGGCCACAAAGUAUGCCAGGCACUCAGUGCUCAGGCAGAUCUACGGUUGUUCUCAAGAAGGGAAAGGACAUCAUCCCAUCAAAUCUUCUAAAGCCCCCGCUGUGCUUCAUCUCAGCUCAGGUGGCUAUGGCAACACCCUCCCCCACCCUCCCUGCUCUCCAGGGCCAUCCUGCAGAAACAGAGAGCAGCUGCAAGGUGAACAAUGACUGUCAGCAUGAACUUUAACAUUCAUUUAGGUUUUGGUGGGGAAAAGCAGAGUAAUUACUGCAAAAUCUUUAAUAAGAGUUGACUAAUUUAUGUAACACAAGGCAGGCUGCUCACAAAGUAGCAGGUGGGGUGGUCAGAAACUUUCAAAGGAAUCAAGGGCCACAGAUGUGGUAAGACUGUCCUUAUAGUGGACUGGAGAAAUAUGUCAAAAGCAGAACUGUCACAUAUUACAAGAUAUAUGGCAUUUAGAUAUAAUUAAAUACAAAGUGAGUAAUCAGACCAUUCUCUCAAAUCCACAUUUACCAGCAGUCCUUAAAAAUGAAGAUGUUUAGCAGCAUAGAAGUUUUAAGAAAAGACUGAGUAAACACAUUCAAUAUUAAUGUAAGUACAUACAAUACUCUUUUAAAACUUCAUAUAACAAGCAACUUGUUCUACAAAUUUCUAACCUAUUUGAAAUCAAAUAAAAUGGAGUGUUUGUCUAGCCCCAAAUUUGAGGGAAUACAGGUUGGUCCAACCACACCCAAAGCAAGCACAAAGCAAUCAAUAAAGCCGGUCAGAUAGGUGCUAAAGUCUAACUGGGCUAUAUGUGUUAAACAAAAACAUGUCUAUAAAUCAGUUCAAUGAACUGAACAUACACAGGUGCUAAAACAUAGAAUCAGGUGGUUGAACGACAAAGGAAAGCAUUAACUUGACUGAAUUAUUAGUUUGCUUUUUUAUUUAGGAAUUCAGUGGGGCUAAGGGUUUUCUGAUUUUGCUCAGCAGGCUUUCAAAUUCUUUAAAAAUUGCUUUGCACAGUGUACAUGUUGCUGUUCCAAUUUGAGUUAGUGCCCUCCUAAGGCUUUGCACGUAGAAAGACAGAAAACGAUGGAAAUCCCAAGAUGCGGCCUCCUGGGACUACUGCUUUGUAUGCAUGAGACCCAGAUAAGCAAUCUCUGCUUUCUGUAAUCUUCUACACCCACACCAUCUUGCACAGGAUUUCAACCUAACUCUUAACUGACACAUAGCCACCUGUGCCCAUCUCUUUAAAAUGACAAGCUCCCCACUAGCAAGAGGAAUGACCCUGGCUCAUGCGGCUACUGGUAAUGGCACCUCUGUAGGAAGUCAAUACAUGCUUCCACCUAUGGAGGGGAAUGCAGAUGACAACCUACUUCAAGAUACAGCUGCAGUGCCCAAGGUCCAAAAGCAGUCAUUUGAAAUCAGGGAAAAUGAAGGUAUGUUCCUUUGUCCAAACUGUCCACAUCUCAUACUUAAUCUUCCACAUUACUGUCAGUAGUAAAAUACAGCAGAGUGUCUUCAGGUUUCCCCACCAUUUUUGUGGCCUGUCAUUUGUUACUAUGUAUGAAACUAAUGUUUUCUGUUGCACCCAAAAAGUGUUAUUCCAAUGUCACAAGCCACAAGAAAUCUAUUUUCACAUACAGGCAUAGUGCCUGUAAUCCCAACUAUAAGGAGACUGAGGCAGGAGUGUUGUAAGUUCAAAGCUAGCCUAGGCUACAGAGAACCUCAAAAAACCAAAAGCAAACAAACAAAAAACAAAAAACCCCAACCCCCCACAAAAAAAUCCAAAAACAAAAAACCCACCCCAAGAUUCCUAUCUAUGUCAUCCCUAAAACUUUUUUUGUUGACUUAUAAAAGUAUGUGGCAAAAGAAUUCUAAGCUGUGUAUAAACCAUGUGCCAUGUGAAAGGCAUGCAGAGAAGGAUGCUGUAUUACCCUCCUACCCACUCAAGAUGUAGCGUCCACUUACAACCCCUCCCAGUCCAGUUCCUGCUUUAAAGAGAUGCCCUGUCAGUAAGGUGAGGAAGAGCUCGUCAUCACCAGGGAGAGUGUCAUCCCAAAUCCUUUUAUCUUACCACAAACAACUCCUCUCCUCCAUUAAGAUCAAUAAUAUAAAUAUACAUUUGCUUUUAACAGUGAACAGUUUGCAGUCUAUACAUCUUGACAACAGUGGAAGAUCAAAGAAGUUCUCUUACAAUCUGCAACCAUCCAGUCAAUCAAAAAACAAGCCAAAGCUUUAACCCUGGAGGAAGAUCAGAACCAGUGUGGAAUUCUGCUCUCUGUAAACUCUUACUCAUGAGAACGCUUUACUAUUUGCACCUAAAGACUUGUUACCCAGCAUAUGUGGUCAAAGACAAGGUUCAAAUGUUUUCUCCUGGGUUUACUCAGCGUUACUUUUUAUUCCUCUCAGCAUGCACUGAAAGGACCAGAGCAGGGCGCUCGGAUGGACUGCCUAGCUGUGUGCUUCACCUCAAGCCAGCAUGGCUGGAAAUGAGAACUGCCACACUCAUCCUGACAACACCUGUACUAAGGAGCUGCUGGGCUGGGAUUUCUAACAGCUACCUGGCAUAGGCCUAGGUUUCUCACUCGAUAGAACCUUCUUCAAUGAGAUAGGAAACCUGGGCCACAACAACCACCCUCAACUCUUUACUUCCCUGGAACAUACUGUAAUGAAAAUCACAAGAGACAUUUUAAACUUUAGAUGCACACGGUGGCUUAGUGCACGCAGUUAGAAACUGUCCAGUGUACUAGAGCGGAACUGAGAAGCACAUUGUGUUGCUUCCUUACCGUGCUCAGUUUCCAGGUUGGUCCAGAGAGAACAGAAGCUCGGCUUUCACUGCUGAGUGGCACCAAUGCUAGCACAGCACCAAAAGUCAGCAAGACAGGGCUUACAGCAGAAUGCACCAACCAACUCAGGCUUCUCUUCCCCUCUGCAUCUUCUGACCAACUUGCAGGAAUAGGUAGCAUUCCCCAAAAGCAGUUUCUUUUGUGAAAGUAACCCACACUCUAACUAAGACUACUUGGCUCACAUAAAGUCUAGUGAUUACGGGCUUUUACAGAGGCAGCGACGACGUCAGGUCAGUACUGUGCUAACAGUGAAGGUCAGGAAGCAAGUGUUUACCUCACUUAACUACCUAGACUUUUGGUUUAGUAAAUUAUAUUCAAAAUGAUGAAGACAGGUUUAUCUAGAUGAGAUCACAAAGAUUCACUGGUAAGUGAAUGAAGGCAUCGUAGCUCACUCUAUGUAUUGUAAACAUUUAGCUCCUCAGAAAUUCAAACUGUUCUAUAGCCUGUCUUUGCAUCUCGUACUAUUCCAGGCAAACAGUGUGAGAGCACUAAAAGCUCUUAAACUUUAUUUUCCCACUUCUGUAUGAAGGAAGCUCAUGAACUUCUUUAAAAGUUGAGGUUUAAUGGCAAACAUCUGUUACAUCAGUCUUUCUUCAAAAUAAAAUGAAUGUGCAUGAACAAUUAACUUCAAACAGGAGGUACCAUGGUGCUUCUUUAAUACAAUGCAUUCAAUAUACUAGGCCCUUGGGGAUGGCCACUGAUGUACACGCUGAAGCAGUAAUGUAAGUCUGUAAGCCACUGCUCCUGAACACUGCCACUCUUUAAAGUCUGCAGAGAAAAACAAAAGGCACUUUAGUUUGAGAACCUGACAUUUUUCAUGCCUCCAUAAGAGUAUAUUCCCCAACCACUAGCUGGAGAAUAUACAUGGGCUGGACCUAAGGCCUCCCUGUGGGUCCUGAAUAACUGGAGCAAGGGCUAUCCCAAAAGCUGUUGCCUAUAUGUAAGAUAUGCUCUUCUAGCUGGGCUGCCUUGUCUGGCCUCAGUGGGACUGGAUGAGCACAGCCACAUAGAAAUCUGAAGUGCCAGGGUGGGAGAAUACCCAGAGGGUGCCCACCCUCUCCGAGGAGAGGGGGGUGGGGGGAGUGGAUUGAGGAGGGGGGUGACUGGGAGGUGGGGCAGUAAAAGUAAAAAGUGAGUAAGUAAAGAAAUAGAUUUUCUUUUUUAAAAUCCUCUCCUAUAAACUAGAAGAAAUCUUAAAAUACAAAACCAACCAACCAACUGUUGGGAGUUACUUAACCAAUGAAAUUUCCUACUCUUUACAAAAUUUUGAAAUUAUGAAAUGGACCCUAAAGGCAUAGGUAUUUGAACAGUUGGUUGCCAGCUAGUGCUGCUGUUUUGGAAGGUUCUUUGGACACAGCCUACUUCUGGCCCAGGCUCUCUACUUCCUGACCGACUGAGAUGUAAAUCCCCACAGCAAACACCCACUGCCAUAGAAGUACCCUAGCACAGUGCUUACUCCAUGAUAACAGAGUGCCCUCUCACACUGUCAAAUACAGUAAGUCCUUUCUUUUAAGUUGGAUCUGUUAUUUGGUUAAUGUGACAAGAGAAACAGUAUGUACCCUUAGGAGUAACAAGUUCUUUGUGAAUGUGUUCCCUCCUGGACAUGCUGGAGACUAAUAAAAAAAUUUAUGGACAAUCAUC